UUGAAUAUUACUAACAACAGGUGAAAUUUUUAAAAGAGCAAAUCUGCGAUCAUGCUUGAAACGAAACGUUACAAUUGAAUCAUCCGUGACCGUCAUUCGUCGGGGAAUUUUAGAAAAUACAAUUAAUUUCGUUAACAACAUUAGUGUUUAUUUAAUAGUAACAAUAAAUCAGCUAACGGAAGAUGUCACGGCCAGGCGAUAGACCUAAUCAGGCGCAAACAUACAAGCUGGUCGUGGUCGGAGGCGGUGGAGUUGGGAAGAGUGCUAUCACAAUUCAAUUUAUACAGAGUUACUUUGUGACGGACUAUGACCCCACCAUUGAAGACAGCUACACUAAGCAGUGUGUCAUCGAUGAUAUACCUGCUAAAUUGGACAUCCUGGACACAGCUGGUCAAGAGGAGUUCAGUGCGAUGAGAGAGCAGUACAUGCGCUCCGGCGAGGGAUUCCUCCUCAUCUUCUCAGUGGCAGAUCAUGCCAGCUUCGAGGAGCUGUUCAAGUUCCACAAGCAGAUCCUGCGCGUCAAGGACAGGGAUGAGUUCCCCAUGCUCAUGGUUGGGAACAAGGCUGAUUUGGAGCAUCAGAGAUUGGUAACACUGGACGAAGCGCAAGCUCUCUCCCGCCAACUGAAAAUACCUUACAUCGAAUGCAGUGCAAAAGCGCGCAUGAACGUAGACCAGGCCUUCCACGAGCUGGUCAGACUCGUGCGGCGGUUCCAAGAGGCUGAGAGGAUUCACAUCAAGGCCGAACACAGAAACAAGAAGAAAAAGUGCACCAUCUUGUAACAUUGUCUGUGGUGAGCUUAAAAAAUAAAGUGAAAUGUCAAAUUCAAAUGACAGAUUGACAGAUAAACUUUUUUGAAUGUUUGAAUAUUAUCUGUCGUUCGAAUUUUGAAACGGUGCUGAUUUUUGGAUGAUGAUUUGUUUUUGUUUUUUUUUGCGAAAGCUUUGUCUGUUGUUUUUUUUUUUAUUGCGCUCUGGCGAUUUUUCACUGUAAGUGAUAUUGAACAUUACCAAAUUUUUAUUAUUUAAAAGAGAUAAUAACAAUUUAUUAUAAUUUUUUGCCAAGAACAAUAUUUUUUUUUAAUUAUGUUAAGCGCACACCUAUCAACCUGUUAAUAUUUUUUUUGUUUUUGGGAAGAUUUUUGUAAUACAACAUACGAAAAUAUGCCUGUAAGAGCACCUAUUUUAUUUAUUUUUUUAAUUUUAUACACCUACACAGUACACACCACCUAGUGUAGUUAAGAUCUCAGUUUCUUGACAAAAAUAUUUUUUUGGUAAUAAUCCAAAAUCGAUCCAAAAGUUAGUGAGGAAUUAUUGAUCCAAAUCAGGAAAAGGAUCCUAAAAGAGUAGACAAUUUCCUAAAAAUAUAUUGAUUUUAACUAAACUCUAAAAAUAACUAAAAAUAUAUGCUAAAAAUAGCACACCUACUCUUCUAGCUGGCAUCGCAGUUUUGUGAUAUAGUAAUCAAUUGAGUUAAAUUUGUUUUUGUCAUACAGAAGAUUUUGAAGAAAUUGACAUCUUGACUGACUAACCCCUCAUUUUUUAAAGGUUAUAGUUUAAAGCUAGUUAAGUUAUUCAAAAUCUUAAUACAUAUGGAUUAAGAGCCUGCAUAGCCAUACAUACCUAAUUUUAUGAAUGCUCUAAGUUUCCUCUACAUCAUCAUAAUCAUCAGGACAUAGGGCUUUUGUAGGGACUUCCAAACAUCACGAUCCUGAGUCGACUGCAUCCAGCGAAUCCCUGCAACUCGCUUGAUGUCGUCAUUCCACCUGAUUUCUAGUUCGGGGUCGCCGUUCUAGUACCAUAUGUCCCCCGCCCAUUGCCACUUCCGCUACAUAAUAUGAGAAAUCAUGUUUCCAAUCGCCAGUCAUUUAGUUUAGCGACAAUCCUUCGAUAAUAGUAUAUGCCGGCAAGAGAGGCAUUGAUGGACGAACGUGCGAAUAUGGGCCGAGGCACACUAGCGAUUUCAACCCUCAUUUUUAUUUUUUUUGCUGGUAAACAGUGUACAUCUAGUAUGGCUGAAGUAUAGACACAUAAUUCUUUGUGUUGUUCUAUAGAAAAUAUCAAAAAAUUACAUUUUAUACUUGGACAACUGCCGAUCAAAAACCAAAAAAGACAUUUGGUCAAUACUCUAUAAUUGUCUACCAUAUUACCUACGAGUAUGGUAGGAACAUAGACUGACAAACAUUCAGCGUUCUUAAAAUGAGGUAUCUCUCAGACCACCUUUACCUUUGGAUUUGUCAAAUCAGUCAAAUCCACCAACAAACUUGUCGUAUUUUAAGGGAGACGAGGUAAACUCACACAUCAAAAAUAUUUAACACCAAUGAAUAUAUCCCGUGUUCUUACACUACUAAUACACACACGUGUAAUUUUAACACAUGAAACAUUGAUUCUCUAUAGAAUCAAUGUUCAAAAAUGAUCAAAAAUGUUCAUACAAACUGCAUUAUAGAUGCAGUUUGUGUGAACAUGUUUGAACAUGAUCAUAUAAUUUUGACAGAGGGGUAAGCUGCCUCUAGCGAGGCAGAUCCUAUAGAAGGUAAUUAGUCUGAUGGUAUGUCAAGGUAAUACAGGCUCUAUUUCUAUUGUAUUCAAAAUUAUUUUGUCUAUAACCUAUGGUGACAUAUUUUCUUCUAGUGCCAUCUUUGGCUUUACAAUGAGCAGUGACUAUGUAUUACUUUUCAUACAUAAUCUUAAGUAGUCAUUAAGCAGUAUAAAUUAUUAUUUAUUUUGAUAAGUAUUUUUUUUUAUUUUGUUAAAGCUGGUCGCACAUUACGGAAAAGCCGCGCGUUCUGAUGCGGUCCAUAAAUAAAGCACAAUUGCGGUUACGGUAAACGCACAUUUUUGUAUUUUAAUAUACUGAUUAAUAAAUUUUGAUGGUUUAUUAAAUCAUACUAAUUACUAAGCUCCCAGUGUAAGUUUUGAUAUAAAUAUAUAAUAAAAUAACAAUCUUUAUUAAAUUUAUAUCUCUAUCUUCCAGUGAGUUUGUUGUAUUUUUUGGUAUCGCGUAAAAAUUUAAGCAUUCGAGAAAACAGUCAUUUUGCAAUCACAGACUGUCAGUUCAAUUUUAAUUAUAUUAAUCUUCCUGAUCUAUUGAUUGAUCAAAACUUACACUAGGUAGCGCUAACUAAAACUUGAAGUUGUAUAUAUUUUUUUUUGCUUUUAUGGGAUAAAUUAAAACCAAACCAUAUCGGUGAUAAUUGAUUAUCUCGAAACCAAAAACUAAUUAAAGUAAUAUAAUAUUUUUUUGUUGCAAAUAUUUUUUUGUGACCUAUAAGUAUGUAAGUCUUAAAGUAUUUUUGAAAGAUUUUCUGGUGUUUAAAAUACCUUGUUUUAAGUGUUCAUAUAAACAAAUAUGAGUAUGGACUUAUAUUUAGCUAGUCUGCGCUUAAUGAAUGGAAGCAGGCCUUACAUCGUGGAAGUUCAGUAUGAGCAAUUAAUAAAUAUCUAAUUGAUUUCGAAAUAUGGAGUAUCCUCAAAACAUUUUGCACUCUACAAUGAUAGUUCCUCCUUCGCCAGGCGCUGUUAAGGAAAUAACUUGAAGGGUGUCUGGUAAAGCGAUUCUCUGAGAACUCAUAUUACGAUAUAAUAAAUGCGCUUAAUACUUACUUGAAUAAGUUGAGGUUCGGAGUUUUGUGUGGCAUGGAAGUUGAACUAUGUGCAGAAUACAUUUUCAGGUGUUAAUGACGUACGGUAAGAGGUGCCAUGAUUGAGCAUAUCAACUCAACGAGUUGAUAUGCUCACUCAUCAUGCUUUCAUUCAUGCUUUCCGAUUGUAAUGGUACAAUCGCCUAAGAAAUUUUCAAUUAUUUAACAUCUUAAAUGUUUAAUGAAGCACGCGUCUAGCAAUUUUGUUUAUAAUUGUACCUACGCAAUUUGGUUCAACUAAUUUGCUGGCAUCUAUAGAUGUCCGAACUUUAUGUUAGGAAAAUGAAUAUAAUAACUUCCAGCUCACAGAAUAAAGCUCUCUACAAGCAGGUGAAACCUAUAAAAAACAAACGUUUGCAUAUACAAACUUUUUUAGUAAUGUGUAUUUCAAGAUUUAACACACACAACAAUUACGUAAAUUGAUAUCACAAUAGACUAAUAAUCAAUAAUUACCUAUAAAAAUACUCCAUUUUUUAGUUUUUGUGAACAGUUUUUAAAAUAAUUAAAAACAUAAGAUGCGACGCUUCGUGUUGUACUGACUCCAGAAUGUAUUCGUUUUUGAAUUUGUAUUUGGAAUGGCUGCAUCUCUUCCGUGUUCAAUACGCUCUAUCUGCCUAUCAUUCUUUAAUUUGUGUUCCAGCCUUAUAAAAUCACCAUCUCUCUAGCUAAAUAUAAGUCUGUAUGUAACAGCGGUUCUGUUGUUUAUUGGAGUCAGUUGGUAACUGUUUAAUAUUAGUUUUUAAGUUUUUUUUGUUAUGUAUGCUAUUGGGAUAGUGUGAAAUUAUGUAAAAGAACAAUAUUAACGCUUGUGUCUCUUAAUUUAAGCUAAUAACGGUUUAACAUGUUUUUUUUUGGAUUUUUGUGACAUGGAAAUGGUGGGAAGAGCGGAAUUUAGAUUUGAGGUAUAUUCAUUUUGGCGGCCUCCGUGGCGCUGUGGAUUUACAAGACUGAGUCUUCGGAGUUCUGGGUUCGAUCCCCGAUUGGGCCGAUUGAUGUUUUAUUAAUUGGUCCAGGUAUGGCUGGAUGGAAGCCUCUGCCGUGGUAGUUACCACGUGGAUUUAGCACGAUGUCGCGUAGAAACCAAAAGGAGUGUGGACCUUUAAUAAGGUAGUUCUAUCUUAGAUUGCAUCAUCACUUACCAUCAGGUGAGAUUGUAGUCAAGGGCUAACUUAUGAAGAAUGAAAAAAAAUCAAGUAGUUAGAAGCCCCAAUAGUUCAAUGGUUAAUAGGCUGGUCUCAUCAUUGAGUUGUGGUACGAUCUCUGCCCUUUAAACUCAAGUCUUACCCACUCAUAACACAGUCUUAUCUGAUGAUUUAGUGGAGAAAUAAAGUCACAUUUAAAAAUACAGCAAAUAUUACGUUUUUUUUUAAUUUCCAUACAAUUAAAUUAUGAAUUUUGCCAGGCUUGAUUUCAUCAAAUCCUCGAUGUUGGUGUCAUUUCUGUCUCAUAAAAAUCCAUAGAGUUUGAGGGAAAAGUGCUUAACAAUAAAUCAGGGCUGAUCUUUUGGGCAACCUGUUUUGUAUGGAUGAACUAAUUUAGGCGUUGAAAUUGUAAAGGGUAGAUGUAUGGAGAACCAUCUUGUGGGCUUGUAAACAACUUGUUACACAGUUCUGAAUUCGAUCAGAAUACUGCUAGUAGUGCUAGAAUAUGGUCAUUAUUAACAAGCCAUAUUCGGCUCAAUGUGAGCACAAGUCGCCUCACAGAAUGACAGGGGUUAAGCUAAUAGUCCACCACGCUGGCCCAGUGUAAACGCAAAAUAUAAACAUUUUAACAUUUAAAAAUGUUUAUAUUUUGCCUACAAUUUGUAGCAUAUUUUUUAUUAUUCAGUUGUUUGAGCCUUGAAAUUUGUAAUAUGGUCAGAUUGCAUCAUUCUAUUUAGUUCAUACCAGCCUCUAAACAUGUGAAGUAAAUAUCUGAAGAAGUUUUUAAUUGGUCUUGGGUUGUUAUUGAGUUAAGUAUAAUUAAAGUUGGUUUAUUGUUUUUUUUCUAUUACCAAUCUUGUAAUUUUCUUAGUUGAGUUUAAAUUUUACUCUCCCAAGAGAGUAUACUAUAUGCUGAAAAUAAGUCGGAAACUUCGUAAAGAGAUGGUUUCGAGUUCUCCCUAACUCUACCCUUAGACAAUAAAAGAUAAAACUAUAUUUUUUAUAAUGUAUUUAUAUUGUGUUGUAAUUUGUAACGCAUUUUUUGCUAAGCGAAACUUUUUUACUUUUAGGUGCAAUUUUUGAUACAAUUAUUUAAUAUUUAUAAAGUAUUCUGUUUAUAUUAGCUUGUAAUAUUAGGUACCUAUGAUGUAUUCAGUAUACUGUAUAUUCGUUGUGUAAGAUUAAUAUUAAAAUAACAAGAAAUGGAAUUUUUAAGUAUUUCAGAUUAACAUACCUAAAUGCAAUAUAAAAGGCCACAGAAAAGGAGCCACAUGGGUUAUUGCUUUACCCACUCUUAAGGCAAUCUGUUUGAUCCAUUUAUUUAUUUUAAGUAGAUUUUUAUACAAGCAGUUUCAGUAAGUCGGUCUUUGAGUGAUUAGUGUUUUUCAGAUAGCAUGGGUACAGUGACAGUCGCCUGUAUGACGUUCAUAAUGCGUACUCUUAUCGUGAAUCGCGGAAUCAAACUUUCAAGAGUGAAACGAACUGUCACCCGCACCAUCCUACAUGAAACGAACUGUAGUGACGCAAUCAAUAGUUCGGAAAGCAGAUUCUAUCGAAACCGUAUAACUCUUUCUCAAAUUAAGUUAAAAAGUGUGUGAUUUAAAAUUUUACAGUUGCAUGUAAAAAGUCAUGUAAAUCUGUAAAAUUCUGAUUUCUAAAUGGGUCCUCAAUUUGUUCGUAGAUUGUGUUCAUUCAUAGAAUAUAAACAAACUGAAUAUAAACAAACUUGUCUAUAUGAAAAAAUAAUUAUGCAUUACUAAAAACCAUAUAGGUAUACAUUUUAAAAAUUCCAUUCUACUCGUGUAUAACAUAGUAUUGAAUGUAACAAUUUGUUUGAUAACCGUUUUUGUAUGUACAUAGCACAUAUCAGUAGACAACGACUUACUACAUACAUUGUACUUAGUACAUAGACUCGAUGAUCACUGUCAUUGACAGUGACAGUGACAGAAGAUUAUAUAAAAACUUGUCAAAUAGUUGCUCCCCACUUAUGCCUAGUUCGGACGACUUUAGUAUUUUAGUCCAGUACGAAUAAUUUUUGGGCGGUAAAUCCAAAAAUCGUUCGUACUCGACUAAAAUACUAAAGUAGUCUAUACUAACGCCUUUCUUGAUGAGUACUGUUUACCAACAAAGAAAUUAGAAAUGAAUGUAGAAAACGCAUGUCAUUUCAUAACUUAUUUUUUUUUAAUUAUGUAUAGUUUGUUUUUAAAAUAUUAUAUAAAAUAUAUAAACCAUAUCUAAUUGUUCUAAGCUUAUUAAUCAAAUUUAUUUUAUUUAAUUUAAGAACAAGUUAAUUAUAAUUAUUAUUAGGUGUGAAAUGACUAGUGAUUUAUACCCUCAAUUUUAAUUUGUUUGUUGGUAAACAGUAGUCAUCGAGGGGACAACUUAUGUGAGCCGUUUUUAUGAAAAGUUAAUGCAGUCUAUACAGUAUAAUGUCUCUGGUAAUAGAUCAAUAAUAUAAAAAUACCACCAAACAAUAAUUUGUAGCCACCUAAAAAAAAAUAUUAUUUUUACAAUUUUGAUUUUUGUUUAUUUUAAAGUAUAGAUAGUUGGUUUAAAUAUAUUGCUGAAAAAAUGUUUCUGUGUAGUAACACCUGUCUAAUUAUUUUUCUGUCUACGCCCGCUACCAUAUUUGCCUGACGGUGACGAUCACUUGUGGUCCGUCAUCAGAAAUAUAUAUUCUGUAUGCCGGAUCUCGGACUAUUGGCAUCGAAGCAGUUAAAAGUUAAGUUGUCAAAUAAAAAAGCCCUUACGACUCAAGAAUACCUUGCAGUUUAUGUUAUGUACAAUAGCUAAGUUUUUUAUUAUAUUAACAAGGUAUAAUAUAUUUUGUUUUAUAAGGUUUUCACGAUGAUUGGUGACGAUAAGUUGUAAAGAGCUUUAACUGGCUAUACGCCCUUAACUGAAUAACCAUACCUACUGUUGUCAUAAUCGUAUUGUAAUAAAAUAAUUAUAACAAGA